UUCACGGUUACCAAUGCUGCUUUCAGGAUAACGAGGAAAUGAAGUUAUUUUUGCUGUUUUUCUUCUGCCGUGAUUUAUUUGCAGCAAAACACUCACUGAAGCAUGUGGCCACUGGAUCGUCAGGAGUCGCAAACAUAUCAGAGUUUUUGAGUGAAAUGGUGUUUGAUGGCAUUCAGGCGGGUUACUGUGACAGCAGGAAAAAAUUACUAGAACCAAGACAAGACUGGGCAAAGAAAAUAUUAGAUGACAACCCUCAGCAGCUGAAGUCUUUGACUGUACAGUGUUUUGUGACUAUGCCAAACUUAUUCCGAGCCUGGAUUUUUGGUUUACAGCAGCAGUUCAACCAACCUGCUGGAGGCAUCCACAUUUUACAGAGUGUAAGUGGCUGUGAAUGGGAUGAAAGCACUGGAGAGAUGAUCAACUUUUUACGGUAUGCUUACAAUGGAGAAGACUUUCUUGAAUUUGAUAUGAAGACAUUAAGGUGGAUCGUACUGAAACCAGAGGCUGUCAUUACCAAACAGAGAUGGGACACUGAUGAAAAUAGAAUAAAAUACACCAUCAAGUUCCUCAGUACGACUUGUCCAAAGUGGCUGAAGAUGUCUUUGGAAAGUGGGAAACGUUCCCUGCAGAGAACAGUUCUUCCCUCAGUGUCUCUCCUCCAGAAGUCGUCCUCCUCUCCAGUCAGCUGCCACGCUACAGGUUUCUACCCUCAAAGAGCCGUGAUGUUCUGGAGGAAAGAUGGAGAGGAGAUUCAUGAUGGUGUGGAUCCUGGAGAGAUUCUCCCCAACAAUGAUGAGACCUUCCAGAUGUGUGUUGAUCUGAAUGUUUCAUCAGUCACAACAGAAGACUGGAGCAGAUACGACUGUGUGUUUCAGCUCUCUGACGGCGAUGACAUCAUCACCAAACUGGAUAAAAAAGUGAUCAGAACCAACUCAGAGAAUCCCUCUGACAGGAUGAUCUCCAUCAUUGCUGCAGUGGUUGUUCCAGUUCUUCUCAUCCUUUUUGCUGUUGUUGGAUUUGCUGUUUACAAGAAGAGGAAAGGCAGAAACUCAAGUUCACCGUUGAAACACUCGCCGAUAAAUCACUUCACUGGAUCUGCUGGAGUCCCAAACGUCACACAGUUUGUGGGUAUUGCUGUGGUUGAUGGCGUUGAGGCAGUUUACUUGGAGUGGUACAAACCAUAUAUACCCAACAUUAAGCCCCAGGAGCCUCCUCGUACUAAAGCUGAAUUGCAGCAAAUGCUGAAGAAUGGAGAAAGAGCAGCAGAAUCCAAGAGAGAAGAAGCUGUAGAAGAAAGUAAAUCCUUCAGUCUGCAGAGGUGA